GAGAGAGAGAUUGAGAAACAGAGAGAGAGAGAGAUUGAGAAACAGAGAGAGAGAGAGAUUGAGAAAGAGAGAGAGAGAGGGAAAGAGAGUGAGAUAUAGGAAGAGAGGCAUUUGCCUUGCAAACGUGUCUGUGCGUGUCUUAGAUGUGUACGUCGUGGUUCUCAUCGUUGCUUCUGUGAACGUGUCUCUAGAAUAAGCAAGCAGUGACUGCGUGCGAACAUUGCGUGUGGGCGCCUUGCUGUGGCUAGUACGGAUCCGCUGGUAUAAUGUCUUUCACCGACCACCCACGCUACGUACCGAUCCCGACGUCUGACGUCAUCCCCAGCCAUGAGUCCCAUGACGACCACGAGCGCCGACCGCACUACAUGGAGAUGGCUCCCAUAGCCGUGCCGGAACGAACCAACAGCAACGCUGAAGUUGCUGAUAGGCCGGAGGUACCGAGGCGAGCAACCUUUCCUCAACCUGCCUCAGAGAGACGCCCUGACAUAGCGCCUCGACAGCCAGAGAUAACAGACAGACAACCCGAUACAACAUACAGACAACCUGAGACAACAUACAGACAACCAGAGACAACAUACAGACAACCCGAGACAACAUACAGACAACCAGAGACAACAGACAGACAACCAGAGACAACAGACAGACAACCAGAGACAUCAGACAGACAACCUGAGACAGCCAAUGGACGUCCGGAAAUAGCGCACUAUCCAGAUCUUCCAGAAAGGGCACAUGACCGUGAUCACGACCACGAUAUGGGAGGGAGUCAUCAUGAGAGAGAUGACACGAGGCGAGGCGGGGACGGGGGGAGACACGGCGGCGGAGGAGGAGAGAGAGGAGACACGGGAGGUCCGGAGUGGGGAGGCCGUGAACCGAGAGGCUAUGAUCCUCGCAAUGGUCUUUACCCAGGUCCAUAUUUUGUUGGGAGUUCCGGGAUGUACCCUCCCUCAUACAUUACAGCAAUACCGCAGGCACCAUCGGUUGGCAAGGGACGCAUGGACGUUAACAUGUAUGCGAACAAGAAGACGCUUGGUAUCGGCUUGAUGGACCUCUCCACCUUCGCAGCAAAUGUUACGCAGCUUCGGACAGUGAUGAGAUCCGGGCCAGACUUCCAGGAGUUCUACUACUUUCUCAUCGCGAUGCUGUCCAUUUCGAUGGCGCUACAGGUGUUAGUUGCCAUCGUACUCAUGUACACAGCACGGCACGACAUCAAGGAAGAGAAAUACCAGAAGCGGUGCGACAUGUGGAGCAACGCCUCCGUACUUCUCAUCGUCCUCAUCACCAUCACCAACCUGCUUGUCACGGGAUUCAUGGUCGACAACCGCGUAGACGCGCUAAUGGCGUGCGCGCGCCGCUCCCCGUCGCACGCAAACAUGGCCGCUGAGUCGCACCUGGCCUACCAGGGAUCGAGACUGGCCGCCUACUCUCACGCUAACGUGACGCGUGUCAUCGCUGCAGGAGUGCUCUAGGAGGUAGUGGGCUAGCUAGCCUGCUCUGGCCAGCGAGGUGUCAUAGCUGGUGGGUGGAAAAAGACGUCGUCUUGUGUGAGAGAUCAAAAUGCAGACUGCUGAUGUCUUUAGAAGGCACUUUAGGUAGCAUGCGGGUUAUAUAUUAUCAUGUGAGGCAUCAAACCUUCGAGGAAUCCAAAGCGAAUACAUUUAUGUGAAAAUACGAAACGGUUCAACAAUCAAGAAUUCCGACAGUUUCCCCUUCCUUCAUCCUUUCGUCUAUUUUCUACUUGCCCCACCCUCCACCCUUGCUUCCACUUUCUACUCGUCCCCCUCCACCCUUUCUCU